ACCUCCAUUCUUUUGACUUGGCCUCCUUAAAUCUUCUCUUUCAAUAUGCUACUAGGACACAAGGCCACGAAGAAGGAAAAAGCCUAUAGAAAUGGCCAUUAAACAGGAUGUAGAGAGAGUUGAGCACAGUGAGCAAGAAGAGAUAACAGAACCACUCUUACAGCGAGAGAAGAGCUUGGUCAACAAAGGAGAUGGAUUUGGUGCAGAAUAUCAAACUGGCAAAAGAAACAAAAGGCCUGUCUGGAUGGUUUACCUCAGCACAUUUGUUGCAGCCUGUGGUUCAUUUGAAUUUGGAACCUGCGGAGCAUAUUCAUCACCUACUCAGACAGCUAUAAGGGAAGAUCUCAAUCUAUCUCUUGCAGAGUACUCAUUGUUUGGCUCCAUUUUGACUUUUGGUGCAAUGGUUGGAGCAAUAACAAGUGGACCAAUUGCUGAUUUGAUUGGCCGCAAAGGGGGAAUGAGAGUAGCCACUGCUUUCUCUGUUGCAGGAUGGCUAGCCAUUUAUUUUGCAAAGGGGGUUUGGCCACUAGACAUUGGAAGACUGGCAUCAGGAUACGGAAUGGGAGUCUUUUCCUAUGUGGUACCUGUUUUCAUAGCCGAAAUUGCACCCAAAAAUUUCCGAGGAGCAUUGACUGCUGUCAAUCAGCUCAUGAUCUGUUCUGGGAUGGCAUUCGCCUACAUAUUAGGGACUGUGCUGACAUGGAGGGCUUUGGCAUUAACUGGACUAAUCCCUUGCAUUGUAGUUUUUGUGGGUCUAUUUCUCAUUCCAGAAUCUCCGAGGUGGCUGGCAAAAACAGGACGUCAAAAAGAGUUUGAAGCCGUACUGCAGAAACUUCGUGGCAAGGAUGCUGACAUAUCAGAUGAACUCAAUGAAAUUCAAGACUAUAUAGAAACACUCCAAAAGCUUCCAAAAGCCAAAAUUCUGGAUUUGUUUCAAAGAAGAUAUCUGCGCUCAGUCAUUAUAGGAGUUGGGUUGAUGGUUUUUCAACAAUUUGGCGGAAUCAAUGGAGUUUGCUUUUAUGUCGGCAGUAUUUUUGAGUCAGCAGGAUUUUCUUCCAAUAUUGGGUCAAUAACGUUUGCUUGCCUUCAGGUCGUGUUCUCAGCACUAGCUGCAACCGUGGUAGACAAGGCUGGAAGAAAACCCCUUCUACUGGUUUCUGCAUCAGGAUUGGUUGUCGGCUGCAUACUGACAGGGAUUGCAUUUUAUAUGAAGGGGCAUGAAUUAUCACUCAAGGCUGUCCCUGCACUUGCUGUAACUGGCAUACUGAUGUACAUAGGAUCCUUUCAAGUGGGAAUGGGAGCAGUUCCUUGGAUUAUAAUGUCUGAGAUAUUCCCUAUAAAUAUUAAAGGAGUAGCUGGAAGCCUAGCAACAUUAGUUAACUGGUUCGGUGCAUGGGUGAUCUCGUACACUUACAACUUUCUCAACUCAUGGAGCUCUUAUGGUACAUUUGCUCUUUAUGCUGUAAUAAAUGCAUUGGCCAUCUUGUUUGUCAUCACUUUGGUUCCUGAAACAAAGGGGAGAACCCUGGAACAAAUCCAGGCUGCUAUUAACAAAUAGAAAACCAGAAAAUUUAAAGGCCAUUGUAUUGCUGUCCACAGACAGAAACAUUUAAAGGAUUGGACAUCAAAUUUGUUUUUCACUCGGCAGGUGGCCAUAAAACAAGUACUGUGUUUUUUUCUUGAAAAGACUCAUCAUUCUUGUUUCUAUUUUCAUGAUUUUUGAAUAGAAAAGAAACAUGGUCAUAUUUCCACUGUUUUCUCACUCUACAAAUCAUGAGUGUAUUUGGCUAUUUUGCCAUUGAGAUAUUAAUUGCUCUUUUUCACUCAA